AUGACACGUCGGUCCAUCACAAUUGACCAAGGUCCGGCAGCUACUUAUCAUGUCAAGUUGAAUACGGCGUCGUUGAAUCCUAGACCUGUCGAAGGUUUUGGGGGUGCAUUCACAGCGGCAUCUGGCGUGAAUUACAAGAAGUUGAGUGAUGAUGAUAAACGCAAAUUCAUCGAAUUGUACUUUGGCCAGAGUGGACUCCGCUACACUAUGGGCAGGAUACCAAUCAACUCGUGUGACUUCAGUCCGUAUACCUACGCCUUUGCCAACGUGUCUGAUGACUUCGCUUUGGAGCACUUCGAUGAGUCUUUGGAGGGAGAUGAAGACACCG